AUGGCAUCCCCUCUCAUCCGCCUCACCCCACACCCAUUCUCCUCCCUCCCCGCCCACCCAUCCCUCGACUCGUCCUCAUCCUCCUCCCCAUCUCGUCCCUCCAUCCAAGAAUUCCUCCGCACCAUCCUAUCUGAAGCCCAAACGCUCCUCGCCGACACCAUCCCCGAAACCUUCGAAGUCGACCGCAAACUCCGCCCCUCCCCACCCGCAACCGCCAACGUCCAGCUCUGGAGGCGCACCCUCCGCCCCGCGCCCGGCGCCGCCUCUUCGCGCAAAGACGAGUUCUGGGCCUGCCGGAAGAGCAUCCACGAGGAUGCGGUGGUCGAGGGCUCCGCCUCUUUCGACGAGUUCCGCGCGGGGCUCCGCGACAACCACGCCGAGAACGAGCGCGCGUACACGCCCAGUGUCGCGGCCCUGAACCGGUUGCUGGACUGGCCGAUUGAGCCGGAGAUUGAUGGGUGGGAGCGGGUGGUGAUGCAAGUGAAUCUCAUCACCCACAAGUUCCACCCCAGCGUCCUGAUCAGCCCCCGAACCUUCAUCAGCCUGCUUGUCUCCGCCGACCUGCCGGACCCCGUCGCCAAGGGCUUCGUGACCGUCCAGAUCCCGCUCACGGCCGACCCCGUCGAGACGAUCCCGCGUGCCCUGCGCGAGAAGAUCGCGGCGAGCGCGCCGCGGAACGCGAUCUUUGCGUCCUAUGCUAGCGUCGAGCAGGUGCUCUCGUUGCCGUUUGCCGUGCGCUCGAACUCCGAUGCGCGAAGCAGCAGGAAAUACGUCGCCCAGGUGGAGUGGACGAUGGCAACCACCUCGGAUGCUGGCGGGGCUAUCCCUCGGUGGGUACAGCAAAGCUGGACGCUGGGCGGAGUCCCGAGGGCGAUCACGGCCGACGUGGGUCUGUUUAUCAAGUGGACGGGCCACCGUAGGAUCACCAGUCAUCCUGCUACAAGUACAACACCUACUACUGUUCCUGCUGCGCGUACGAAACCCGCAGAACCUACUGAAGAGCAGGACACUUGA